UUUUUAGGCUUGGGCGCCUAUAAAUCGGGGCGAAUACCCGGAUGGAAUUUCUCGAGCGGUGAGAGAGCACGAGAGAGAGAGAGGGAGAGCUGCGACCUGUUUCUCACAGAUCUGAGCUGGUGUGUGUACAUCUGUCCUCUCGUAGACCGCUCUCUUGCUCACUAUGGCUCCUACACUAUCCACGGCGUUUGCUCGCCGCUGGUGGAUGGCAGUGACGGCCAUCAUUGAGAACCUGCUGUUCUCCGCUGUACUGCUAGGCUGGGGCUCCCUUCUCAUCAUGCUCAAAUCCGAAGGCUUCUACUCCUAUCUCUGCACAGAACAUGCCAACAGUUCCACUUUCAACAUCUCUAUGAAAGCGGUGGCUCCACCAGCAGAGGUUGAGGAAGACUACAUGUAUGAGGACUUCCCACAUGGCGAUGGGGUAGAGAUAGUUCCUCUGAAGCCGGUGGAUGAGCCUCUGCAUUUGAAUGGCUGGCUGAUCUGUAAAGAGCAGGAUGAGAUGCUAAACCUCGCCUUCACCGUCGGUUCAUUCCUCCUCAGUGCCAUCGCUCUCCCUCUCGGCAUUGUCAUGGACAAAUACGGGCCACGCAAACUCCGUCUGACUGGCAGUGCCUGCUUUGGCUUGUCCUGCCUGCUUAUCGCCUAUGGAGCCAGCAACCCCAGUGAACUUUCCGUACUCAUCUUUAUUGCGCUGAUUUUUAAUGGCUUUGGAGGAAUGUGCAUGACCUUCACUUCCCUCACACUACCCAACAUGUUUGGAGACCUGCGUUCCACCUUUAUUUCACUCAUGAUCGGUUCCUAUGCAUCCUCAGCUGUCACUUUUCCUGGAGUUAAGGUGAUCUAUGACUUGGGAGUGAACUUCAUCACUAUCCUGGUAGUGUGGGCAGUGUGUGCUGGCCUUGUCUUCCUCAACUGUUUCCUCAAUUGGCCUCUUGAAGCCUUCCCUGGCCCUGAAGACAUGGACUACACUGUGAAGAUCAAAUUUAGCUGGUUGGGUUUCGACCACAAGAUCACUGGAAAGGAGUUUUAUAAGCAGGUGACAACAGUGGGCAAACGAUUAAGCACAAAUAACUCUCCGACGCAGAAAGAGCUGGCCAACAGUGAAGGUCACAAUCUCUGUCUCUCCACCAUGGACCUGGAGGUGCAGUGUGAGCCUAAAGAAGAAUCUCAGUCCUUCAUGCAGAGCAUCUUCAGCCCUCUGUUCCUGCUCAGCCUGGUCACAAUGUGUGUCACUCAGCUGCGACUGAUCUUCUACAUGGGAGCCAUGAACAGCAUCUUGGAAUCCAUGAGCCAUGGAGACCUUGAUACAGUUGAGAGAAUGGAGUUGGUGAGUCUGUACUCCUCUAUUUUUGGCGUGAUGCAACUGCUGUGCCUCUUGACCACCCCAGUCAUUGGUCAGAUCAUGGACUGGAAGCUGAAGGAUUGUGAUGAUGAGACUGAUGUGAAAGAUGCCAGCAGAGAUCAGCCACAGCCUAAGCAAAGGGACAGAAAAAUCCAAAAGAUAACCAAUGCCAUACGAGCCUUUGCCUUAACUAACCUCAUCCUUGUCGGUUUUGGCAUCACCUGUCUUAUCCCUAUCCUCCAACUGCAGAUGCUCUCUUUUGUUCUGCAUACCAUUGUCAGAGGUUUUAUCCACUCAGCUGUUGGAGGACUUUAUGCCGCUGUCUACCCAUCUUCUCAGUUCGGAACACUGACGGGGAUGCAGUCCCUGAUUAGUGCCCUUUUUGCCCUUCUCCAGCAGCCUCUUUUUAUGGCCAUGAUGGGGCCGCUGGGGGGAAGUCCACUCUGGGUGGAUGUGGGUCUCCUCGUCCUCAGCAUGCUUGGUUUCCUGUUGCCCCUCUACCUGCUGUGUUUCCGCAAAAGUCUCCAGCAAAAGAGGAAAGAGAAAGAAUACGAUGCCAAGAUCUACAUCAAAAUCAAUGGCAGUGAGAAGACAGAAGCCUUUAUCUAGAUCCAAGCCAGACCCAGAAACUGAAGCAAGGAUAUACAGAGACAGAGAGAAUGUGUGUCAUUUUUAUUAUGACAUACACAUUCACAUACACUCAUGCACACACCUCUUGCUUCGAGGUUCAGCGAACUAAUAAUGCACUCUUGAAAACUGACAUAUCAUCAGUGUGAACUCAUGCUGACAACAACGACAGAAAAUGAGAGACAUGUAAAAAAGAAGUGGAAGUAGUGAAAAGCUGUGUGUUUAACUGUAUAUUUUAAUACCUUCCCUAGAUUUCUAACCCUCUCACUGUGUCUGAUGUGUGGGGAAAAAAAAAACCUUUGCACAUUCAUGUUCUGCUGCCUAACACUUGGUGCCUUACUGAUGUGCUUUUAAUGACAAUUUUGGUAAUGAGAAUUUUAUAUUUGUAUGAGUUUAUAAGGAUGCAUUAAACGAGCUGGUCCAUAUGAGUUGGCUGAAUGAAUUAUGAAUAGUAGUACCUACAUUUCUGUUCCACUUCCAUUUAGAGCCUCAUUCAGAAAUUCAAUAACAGCAAAGAUCAAUCAAGAAGUGCAUCUUAAACCCAGUAAGUGCCUUCCUUCUAUUGUCUUUGUAUGGGCUUAAAAAUCCUGGCCUGUGUCACUCCCUAGAGGUAAAAGUAGGAAAUGCUAAACUACAAACCCCGCUAGCGCGCUGUACUCUUCUGAUGCACAGCACCUCAGGGAGGCAGUAUUUGACCCAAACCGACAUAUUUCUGUCUGGUUGUAGAGAUUAUAACAGGUCCAGUAAGAGGUGCUAUGGAAGAUCUACAGGGAUCUUAUUUAUUUACAAUGAUAUAUUGGAUUACAUUUUUUUAAAUAAAAUAAUGUAAUACAGAGAAGCAUAAACCAUAAACAUAGUUGCUCAUACAUUUUUUGGUCUGGAGUGAAUGUUUGCUACUUUGGUCCACCUUUUUUUGGGAACUAUGGAACUUUUAUUUUAUACAUACCCUUCAAAUCCUCACAUUCCCCUGCAUCUGUUCCUUCUGAAUUGUUGGAAUUCUGUUGACAUCUUAUGGACUGUAUUUUUUUUAUUGUCAGACAGGGAUCAUUAAUGUUAAUGAUAUUAAUGUGUCCUUUAACAUCAAUAGCUUAAAAUAAAAGUACAAAGAUUUAGGAGAUGUUUAUGCUAUUUAAAAUAUGAUAAAAGUGCAAUGAUGAAA